AGCCAUCUUGAUUUCUGUAAUCAUAUCUGUUGACGCGACGAAGUGAUGGAGCACGAACGCUCGCCUGAAGGCGAUCUUGGGCCUGACAGAAAGCGUCGUCGCAAGGUUCUAUCAUGUAUGGACUGCCGGCGAAGGAAGGUCCAAUGCGACAGAUCAGUCCCAGUUUGCGGAAGGUGCGAGAAAGCCGGCAAGCCAUGCUCAUAUGAAGACGACAGCCCCUCACAGCAAGCUUCUACCCGAUCAAGUCUGCCAUACGUCUCACGACAACAAUCCGUCACAGUGAGCAGGGACGUUUGGGAUGAUAUGUUCAACAGACUGUUGCAUCAAGAACGCGUAAUUGAGCGGUUGCAAGCUACUCACGCGAGCCCCGCUACUCCUGCAACAGUUUCCAUCGCAACGCCUCAAGUCCAUGGAAAUCUGGAUACGCCAGGCGGUACUAGUGACAUCGGCGCGAAGGAGAGAAUGUUGUUCAGAGGCAAGGGAUUUAAAACGACGUACUUUGGCCCAUCUGAUGCUAGGAGUGCAAUGACUCUUAAUGCCCACAACUUCUUCCGCGAGGAGGUCUCGCGAAACCCAGAACUUGUGCGCUGCAGAAGAGAUGUCGCCAAGCUGCGGGCGGUCAAGAAGAUACUGGAUAAGCAAGAAGUAUCUUCGUUACAAGAAUCCCUAGUGUCUUACUUGCCUGAGCGAAUCAAGGUUGAUCUUCUGGUUAGGAUGUACUUCGAAAACAUCGACUGUACCUGGGGGAUACUCCACGCUCCUAGUUUUCAACGGGAGUAUGAGAUCAUGUGGCAGGAUCCGCUGAACACAAAACCUGGAUUUGUUGCUGUUGUACUCCUGAUGAUGGCCUGUUGCCAAUGUCUUGUUCGAGAGCAACCGCAAACAUAUAGGGCUGACAGUCCGCUUCCUCGUGAGACUGCUAUAAGCCUGAUUCACGCUUGCGAAACUUGGAUUGCUCAGUCGAGUCGCAAGCACACUGAUUUGCAGUGGUAUCAGGUUCAGUGUCUCCUUCUGGUGGCUAAACAGACCCAUCAAAUGAAGAUGAAGCGGCGAUGGGUUGAAUCUGGUAACCUGCUGAGGGUUGCCAUAUCUGCAGGAUUGCACAGGGAUCCAGAGUUGUUGCAGAAAAAGACACUCUCGUCUGCGUUUGAGCACGAAAUGAGGAGAAGGAUAUGGGCAUUCAUUGUUGAGUGGGACCUUCAAACAUCCGUUGACAGGGGCAUGCCUCCGAUCUCAUCGGAUAUCGCAAGCGAUUGCGGGCCUCCCUCAAACUUGCACGAUACAGAAUUCGACGAAUCGACAAUCAUCAUGCCGCCUUCCAGACCGCUGACCGAGUCGACGAAGAUGACGUAUACGUGUCUGUCUUCACGGAAUCGAGGUUUGAGAAGGAAGAUCAUCGCCGUGAUAAAUCAACCUUUACAUCAGGUGUCUUAUGACGAAGUGUUGGCAUACACACAGGAGCUUGAGUUGAAUCUGGCUUCUUUGCCUGACUGGGCUGGUGAUAGACUCAGAGAUCUGACGGCUCACGAUCAAAGUGUUGCACUCCUACACAUCCAACUGGAGCAGUUUCUUCUCAUCUUACAUGGCCAUGCGGCUCGCCAGGCUGUGACCAAGACCCAUAUCACUUUUUCCAAACAGGCUUUCAAGUCUGCUGCGGUCUCUAUCUUGGACAAGCUUUCUGAGCUGUCGGCUAAAGGCUUCAAGUUCCUACUCAUGGUACGAGCAGACAUCCAAAGGGUGUUCACCAGUACCUUGGCGCUGGGUAACACUGAAGACAAAGACAUAUCGACGCAAGACUUGCGCAAUCUGGUCCAGCCUAGUCUUGAGCUUGCAGAUAAGGCUCUCAAUUUAUUCGAGGAGAAGAUCCUGACGACUGGAGGUAUUCAAUGGACUCACACGUUCCUCGUGUACGACAUGCUUCUGUGCAAAGUGCAUCCACUUGGUCGCAACAUGCCAUCUCGACCCGGCAGUGGAAGGAUCUACAGUAUCUGUAAAAAGAUCAUGGACAACCAAGAUUCGGACUUCUCAGCCAAAGUGGUUCCCUUGAAGGACUCCGUGCCAACGCCGAAAAAGAACAAGGGGCAACGGGCUACCAAGAUGCAUGUGACCACAGAGGACAAUACUACUCAACAGCCACCCCCUUCUUUGAACAGCGAUGUUGUCCCAAAUCUCAGCUUCUCUGAUAUGCUUGACUGGAACUUCGAUGAUUGGAUGCUGUACACUGAUAUGUUCUGGUCACCUCAAAAUAUGUCUCUACCAUCAUUAUCCGAGCAGAAUUUGCAGUAUUGAAUCCACUACAUGUAUUCUACCACCUAACAUCAUAAUUUACUACACUUUGGCAAGCCUUUUC